AAUUCUUUGAAAUGAAAUUUAGAAGGCAUUUAGAGUGCCACAUAGGAUUUGGAGUUUUUUUUAAUUAAUACAAAAUUAAGGUUCUAAUUUUUCAAAUGCUUCUCAAUUAAUAUACAGGGGAUUGUCUCCGGUAUUUACCUCAUUCUUCCACUCCCACAAAUGUCUCCCUUCCAUAACUUCAAACACACGUAACCAAAAAUGAGUAACCUCCACCUCCAUACCUCCGCACGCUUCCGCAAUUUUCCGACGGCUUUCUCCCGUCGCCACCAUAACAACAACGACCUCCAAAACCAACGCGGCCGAUCCGUUUUCUCCGAGCUAGGUGACACAACCCUCGACCCAAGCGGUGACCUAAUCACGAGAUGGAACCACAUCUUCCUUAUCACCUGCCUCCUCGCGCUCUUCCUCGACCCUCUCUACUUUUAUCUCCCUAUUGUCCAAGCCGGAACGGCCUGUAUGUCCAUCGACAUCGGUUUCGGCAUCCUCGUCACCUUCUUCCGUACCCUAGCCGAUUUCUCCUUCCUCGUUCACAUUCUCCUCAAAUUUAAAACUGCUUUUGUCUCCAAAUCGUCUAGAGUCUUUGGUCGCGGCGAGCUUGUCAUGGACCACCGUGAAAUCGCCAUCCGUUACCUUAAAUCCGAGUUCAUUAUUGACCUCGCUGCCACGCUUCCUCUUCCUCAGAUAAUGAUUUGGUUUGUGAUCCCAAAUGCGGGAGAAUUCAGAUACGCAGCACAUCAGAACCACACACUUUCCUUGGUCGUCCUGAUACAGUACGUGCCUCGCAUCCUCGUCAUGCUUCCACUAAACCGUAGGAUCAUUAAAGCCACUGGAGUUGCAGCCAAAACAGCCUGGUCCGGUGCAGCCUACAAUCUCGUGCUCUACUUACUUGUGAGCCACGUUCUUGGUUCGGUUUGGUACGUUUUAUCGAUCCAGAGACAGCACGAAUGCUGGAGAAGAGAAUGCAUUAAGGAGAUGAACGCAACGCAUUCACCGUCUUGUAAUCUCUUGUUUCUAGACUGUGGAUCGUUGCGGGAUCCAGGCAGACAAGCUUGGAUGCGCAUAACUCGGGUUCUCUCUAACUGCGAUGCACGUAAUGAUGAUGACCAACAUUUUCAGUUUGGUAUGUUUGGUGAUGCCUUCACUAAUGAUGUCACUUCUUCUCCUUUCUUUGAUAAAUACUUCUACUGUCUUUGGUGGGGUCUCCGCAAUCUCAGUUCUUAUGGACAGAGUCUUGCGGCUAGUACAUUGAGUAGUGAGACUUUAUUCAGUUGUUUCAUCUGUGUUGCUGGUCUUGUUUUCUUCUCUCAUCUCAUUGGCAAUGUUCAGAACUAUCUGCAAUCGACAACGGCUAGGUUAGAUGAAUGGAGAGUCAGAAGAAGAGAUACAGAGGAAUGGAUGCGACACAGACAAUUGCCACAGGAGUUACAAGAGCGUGUGAGGCGGUUCGUCCAAUACAAAUGGUUAACCACUCGUGGAGUCGAUGAAGAAGCCAUCCUCCGUGCUCUACCAUUGGAUCUUCGUAGACAGAUCCAACGUCAUCUCUGUCUCGCUCUAGUUCGCCGUGUGCCAUUCUUUGCACAGAUGGACGACCAGCUCAUAGACGCAAUAUGCGAGCGUUUAGUUCCAUCGUUGAACACUAAAGAUACAUACGUGACAAGGGAAGGCGAUCCUGUAAACGAGAUGCUUUUCAUCAUUAGAGGCCAGAUGGAAAGUUCGACUACAGAUGGUGGACGGUCAGGAUUCUUUAACUCAAUCACGCUUAGACCAGGAGAUUUCUGUGGGGAAGAGCUCUUAACUUGGGCUUUAAUGCCAAACAUUAACCAGAAUCUCCCCUUGUCCACAAGAACCGUGAGAACUCUCUCUGAAGUAGAAGCUUUCGCUCUCAGAGCAGAGGACUUAAAGUUCGUAGCUAACCAAUUCAGACGCCUCCACAGCAAGAAACUCCAACAUGCUUUCAGAUACUAUUCGCAUCAGUGGAGGGCUUGGGGAACUGGUUUUAUACAAGCUGCAUGGAGACGGUACAUGAAGAGGAAGUUAGCUAUGGAGUUAGCUAGGCAAGAGGAAGGAGACGAUUACUAUUAUGAUGAUGAUGAUGAUGAUCAAUACGGAGGAGAGGACAUGCCUGAAAGUAGUAACAACGUAGACGACAACAGCAGCAACAAUCAGAAUUUGAGUGCGACGAUAUUAGCGUCUAAGUUUGCAGCUAAUACGAAGAGAGGUGUUUUAGGGAACCAAAGAGGGUCUUCCAGAAUUGAUCCUGAUGAUCCAACUUUGAAGAUGCCUAAAAUGUUUAAACCAGAGGAUCCAGGAUUCUUCUGAUUUUCUUCUUUUAAAUUUACUAGAGAUUUUGUCCGGGCUACAUCCGGGUUUAUAUAAAUAAUGUUGUAUUUAAUAUCUAUAUACAAUAUAUUACUGAUAUGUUAUAAAAACAUAAAAAGUAAAUUGAAUCAGAAAUGAGUAAAACUUACAAUAUUUUUACUAUCUAAACUAUGUAUGAGAUGGUGAACAAAUUUGAAAUGAAUAAAGAAUUUGUUAACUCGUAGUUAUUAUCCAAAAUAUAUUUUUUUACAUAUUUAGGUUAAUAAGAAAAUAUAUUAUUAAUCUCCAAAUCACAUGUUUCUUUGUUAUGUUUUAUUUAUAUCAUAUUUAUGUAUUUAUAUGUAAUUUAGUCUUUUAUAAUACAUUUUCAUACGAUUAGAAUUUAUUUUUCAUAAUUAUAAUAAGUAAAGCUAAUUUAAAUACUCACUGAUUUAAAUUAAACAACUUUUAAAAAUGGUGUAUGUGUUAAAUACACUGAAAAUUCUAUGAAAUAUUAUUAUUACUAUAUUUUUUGUCAGCAUUUAUUAUUAAUAUAUUAUAUGUCAGCAAUUAUUAUUACUAUAUGUUUUUAUAUGUAAUUUAAUCUUUUCUAUGUUUUUAUUUAUAUGAAAUUUAAUCUUUCAUAAUAUAUUUUCUUACUAUUAUAAUUUAUUUUUUAGAAUUACAAUAAGUAAAGCUAAUUUAAAUACUCAUUGCUUUAAAUUAAACAACUUUUAAAACUGGGGUAUGUGUUAAAUACACUGAAAAUUAUAAGAAAUAUUAUUAUUACUAUAUGUUUUGGUCAGAAAUUAUUAUUACUAUAAAACAUUUUAAAACUUAGUUAUUAAUGCAUAGUUUUUGUAACUUUAUAUCUCAUAUAUUUCUAAACCAAUGAGACUUAAAAAAUACAAUUAAUAUUUUUUAAAUUCACUAUUUUCAUUAUUAGUAGACAAAAUAAUAGUACAUUUGGAAGUAUAAAAUUAUAUCUUUUUGAAAGAAAAUAUUUUUCUAGAAAAUAUAUUUUGAAACGGAUAGAGUAUUAUUGAUCAGAAGUGGUUACGGAUUCUACUUAGUGUAGCAUUAAGGAAGAAUAUUAUGGAAUCUUGUUGAGCAAUAAAUAAUAUCAAUACCUGAUGUCAAAAUAAAAAUAAGCGUAUAACCUGUUGAAACAAACUAUGUGAAGGCAUUGGCUUUGUUAAAUCAAGCGUGGAUUUGUGUUGCUGCAGACUUAAAUUGUUGAUUAACCGUUGAGUUUGAGUUGAGCUGAUUGGUAUGAGAUAUUUUUUUUCUGGUUUUAUCUGAAUGAUUAGCAAAAAAGGAGAACUGGUCGAUUUGAAUUUGUAAGUUGCUUAUUUUAAGAUUUAAGUUAUUGGUGUUUUGAUUGUGUUGGGUUUGUGAUUUCUCUUUAUGCAAUAAUAUAGUUAGUGUUAAAAAGUUUAAUAAAGAAGGGAGAUAACGUAGCUGUUAUUGGUAGGCCAUUGAAAGCUUUUCUAUAGGAGAAUAGACGAUGAUUGGUAUGGUGCUAGUCCCACCAGUAUCUAAGCAAAUAAUUGGUUACUGCGGGAUUUGUUUGUUUUUAAUACUCUACUUCUGUGGUCAUUCUCAAUGUGGUCAUUUAGCUAUAUCAUGCACAAAGAAACAAAUGUAUAUACCUUAUAAAUUUAGUGAGAAACUGUUAUUUAAAUGUAUGACUGAGCUACUUGAAUGACCUCCUGAAAUAAGGAGAAACAGAAUUUUUCAAAUGCCAGAAAAAAUGAAAACAUAUUGGAGUUGUAGUCACCUACACAAAGGAACUGCAAUUUCAUAAAAGCUGAAAUCUUGUUUCUGGGCAUAUGUUGUUAUUCAGCCU